CAAAAAGGCAGGGGCGCACUUCACCGCCAUUUUCUUUUCUUCCCAUUACAUUUUGGUUUCUUCUUUCUCUGUUUCAUACACAAACAGCCUCAAAGCUCACACACAGGCCACAUCUUCAGGCUGAGUAGUACCCACUAGUUCAUGCCAUUUCCUUGCUAGUAAAGGCUCAAGAAAUCUAUGCCCUGAGAAGAGAAAUAUGGAAGAACAAAGUGGCAAUGACAACCUUCUGCAUUUGAUGUCUAUGAACUUUGGUGGAAAAGCCAAUGAAGUCUCUCAUCUACCUGAAGAUGUUCCAGCCCACCACUUGGCUUUUGCGGAUGGAAAAAGUGGGGGACAGAUUAAUGCUCUGCCUUUACCUUAUGAGUGGAUUCAGACCCCGAAAUUGUCUCACAAUUAUGUCGAGUAUCUCGCCGAAAGUUCUACAUUUCUCCCAAAGGUCACUACUGAAGAUAUGUUAGAGAGCACUCCUUCCAAUGUUGGUGGAAUACAUACUGUUGUUGGUGGGGUCUCUGAAAUUCAAGGUGACAUAUCAUACAACAGCUUGGGAAAGGCUCCUGCUUCUAAACCUGCUGGUUCUUUCUUUGGCAUGGAUGCCUCUAAGAUUCAACAGGUAUGGUUUCCUAGGCAACAUAAUGAAGGAGAACCUGUGAACAAAUCCACUAUUCCACAAUAUCCCAUCCAUGCUGAGAGUUCUCGCAAGAAUCAUAAUUCAUGGACACAAGAUUUGAUUGGAGAAAAUUAUAAUGUUUCUCAACUUGAUCAUGGAAUAACAGUUGCUGCACCUGGCUUCCUGUCCAAAGCACGUCAGAGUGCAUCAAGAAAGAGAUCUCUGACAACUGAUCGUGAUCGCAGGAUACGAAUUGGGGAGAGGGUCAAUGCAUUGCGAGAACUGCUUCCACAAUCUGGAGAGGGUGAUCAACCUUCUGUACUGGAUGAUAUCAUUGACUAUAUCAAGUAUUUGCAGCUUCAAAUAAAGGAUUUGAGUCAAAACAGAUUGGGAGGUGAAUCAAGUACUGAACCUUUCAUUUUCCUUGAGGGAUAUGGCCACUUCAUUAGCCAGCAGAUGCUGAAUGAACCUCUCGAAGAAAUGAUGGGAAAAUUGCUGGAGGAAAACCCAUCAGCAGCAGCCUCGCUUUUGGAAAGUAAGGGUCUUUUCGUGAUGCCAAUGGAUUUGGCUGAAGGAGUACGCCAAGCCAUAUAGAGAAUAUACACUUUGCAUGCUCAUAUAUGCAUGAGACUUACACUUUUGUUUAUGUUACUCUCUUUCCCUUCCUUUUCGUAGUUCUGAUCCAGAUAAUUGCUUAAACAAAAAUGUUCUUUUACUCUCAGUGUUCUUGUCAUUCCUCUGCAUAACAAGACUCAAAAAGUGGGAGAAAUUUAACCGUAUUAGU